AUGUCUUCCCUGACCAAGUUACUGCAGGAAAAGCGAAAAAAUGAAGGAGGACUGUCCAGCGGUCUGGCGCAAACGCGGUCUCAAAUGUCGAGCGCCGGAACGGCAGCCGGAACGAGUGGCGGCACAGGAAGCGCGGCGAGCGAGGAGCUCUCGUCGUCGGUGGGCUCCAACGUUUUGAUGAACCAGGAAGCCUUCUCCUCGAGCUUUUUCAACGCCAACUCGGCGCACACAGCGGCUCUGAGCGAGAGCUACAAAGAUAGAGACAGGCCCGCACCCCUUACGAUCGAGUCACGUGGCGGUAACGCGCGGCUCUCGUCGCAGGGCUUCCAGCCGGGGUCGCAGCCUGGCCCGCAAUCGGGCCCACGGCCCGUUCCCUCCCUGUCCUCAAGUAUACCCUACUCGGUGCCCAACUCGAACGCGAAUGGUAGCAGUGGCAGCAACGCGGCAGGCGGCGCAGGCAGCGGUGGAUUCCACUCAAGCAACGGAAGCGGAGUUUCGUCAGCAUCGUCGUCGUGGCUCGAAUCCCCUGGUGUGAUGCCAAGCAACGUCUCUGCAAUUGACUCCAACGUAAUCUCUUCACCUAAGGUCGACACAGUCGAGCCACGGUUUGUCAUUUCCAAGCAAAAGUUCCAAAAGGCUUCCAUGGACAAUGCUGCGAACUCCUAUUCCAACGCUCAGAACGGCUCGAUAUCCCGGUCAAGCUCGAUCUCGUCUCAGUUGGGUAACCUCUUCUUCACGAAAAACGGCAAGGAGUUGUCUUCGUCUCAGAACUCGCAGUCCCGAGACAUCCCUACCAACUCUGCUCAGUCAGCUGCAUAUGGUUCAUCCAUCCCCAAGCCCAUGCGCGCCAGGCGUAGCUCGCUCUACGGCAGUUCGAGACAGCCUUCGAAUUCCUACCAAGAUACUUUCAUUGGAUCUCCAUCCUCUUUGCACGAGCAACCCCCUAACCAGUACAUGCCCAGGUCUCGCCAUUCGUCGAUUGCGGACCUGAAAAGGUUUUUCAAAAAGGGCCAAAGCGUGAACAUGAGCGUUUCCCCUGGUACUCCACCGGUUUCGUCCGGGGGGAACAUCAGUUCUCACAAUUCAAAUGCCUCGUCCUUUGGCCCCGGCUCCUACAGCAGCAACAACGGUGACACGAUAUAUACCAGCUCUGCCUCUUCAACUUUGCCUUAUUCCAAAAGGUACACCAAGACAGGCGAAGUAUUAGGCGCGGGUGCAGGCGGCUCUGUUAGAUUAGUCAAGAGGCUCCAGGACAACAAGGUUUUCGCUGUCAAAGAGUUUAGAACCAAGUUCGAGAGCGAAGCCAAACGAGACUAUGUGAAGAAGAUCACCUCGGAGUAUUGCAUAGGUACCACGUUACGCCACCCCAACAUCAUCGAAACUGUGGAAAUUGUCUACGAUAACAACAGGAUUUUGCAAGUCAUGGAGUAUUGUGAUUAUGAUUUGUUUGCAAUCGUGAUGAGCAACAAGAUGUCCUACGAGGAGAUUUGCUGUUGUUUCAAGCAAAUCCUCACAGGUGUGCAAUAUCUGCAUUCGAUGGGGCUCGCGCAUCGUGACCUAAAACUGGAUAACUGCGUUAUCAACAAGCAAGGUGUUGUGAAGCUCAUCGACUUCGGGGCUGCGGCCGUGUUUUCAUACCCCUUUUCUAAGACACUUGUGGAGUCUUCCGGCAUUGUGGGAAGUGACCCAUACUUGGCUCCAGAAGUUUGCAUCUUUUCCAAGUACGACCCUCGUCCAGUGGAUGUGUGGUCGAUUGCAAUAAUCUUUGCCUGCAUGGUGCUGAAAAAGUUUCCUUGGAAGAUCCCUAAACUUAAGGACAACUCCUUCAAACUAUUCUGCUCGGGCCGGAACUGUGAUUCCUUGAGUGCUUUAGUAACUCGGACACCGGACCCCCCAUCUUAUGACAGCGCCACCAACACUGAUGAGAAUGACAAGCCUAAGGCUGAAGCCCCAGUCUCCAAUAACCCAGCGAACCCAGAAAAUCCUAAUAUUGGACCUCAGAGACUUUUACACUCCUUACCCGAAGAAUCACAGCAUAUCAUCGGGCGCAUGGUUGAGCUCGCACCAGCGUGCAGAGUCAGCAUUGACGACAUUAUGAAAGAUCCUUGGGUGGAAAGCAUUGACGUGUGUGAGGUCGUUGAAGAAGGGUACUCCACUAAGGUGGUAUCUGGUGUGGAUCAUAAGCACACCCAGGUGGACCAAAGUGAAGCCCAUAUUGCAGGGCUAGAGAAAAAGAAGAAAAAGCAGAACAGAUAA